AUGGCCGACAGCGAUACUGACGAUACCAUCACGCCCCGCAAGCCCAGCAACUUCCGCAUCGCUCAGCUCCGAGAGUUCCUCCCCUUGGCACACGACUUGCCGACCACACACUCGCCUCGGCAUCCACCUCCACCAGGUCUGGUCUCCACCAGAUCCAACACCAGCCUCGUAGGCUUACGACCCAAUCGGUGGCGUACCAACAGUAUCGGUGUCGCCCCGAAUGAACGACCUGACCGUCCUCGAAGCCAGGACAGCGAUGAACACCCCGAGUUGGAGCUAUGGAGGUCCAAUGUGCCACUGUCGCAGCAAGUGUCGCAUAAUUCCGUCUGGCCGGUAUAUGACGACCACGAGAGACGCAUGAGUCACGCGGCGAGCGUGCUCAACACUCCGGAAAUGCGGAGUCAACGGUUGAUCGGAUCGACGAACCCGCGAUAUCGAUGGGAGCAAUAUUGGACGCCCGAGGAGGAUUUGAAGAAGAUGAAGAGACCGAUUCGGGAAUACUACGAGCGAAAUAACCUGUUGAUUCAGAACUAUCGCUACAUUGACGACCUUCUCGACAGCAGUCUCCCACAUGAUCUCAUCCAAGAGUACAACACACAAGUAGCCCAGUCCAAGGGCUACGGAUCUAUGUACAAUCAACAAGAACCCGACGUUCCGGAUACCAUCAGUGAGGAAGACGACGACGAAAUUCAUCCACGAUUAUACACCGAACGACAUGGAUCGUUCGACAGUAUCAUGGCUAAUGGCGAGUUCUGGGCCAAUGGCGAUCCCCCACCACCUAUGAACAACAAAGUGAAACGUACACCUAAAGACAUCUACCGGCUUAAGAAGGACGACGCUGGUUCGGAUGAGCGACAACCACUUCUACACGACAGCGGCGUCAGCGAUAUUCAAUUCGGCACGACUGCCGAGAUCGAUGUUGAGUCUGGCAGCUCUCAAAUGCCUCCGGAUUUGGAGAUCGAAGAUGAAGCUGAUGCCAACAGUCCAAUCGUCACACAAGCCAUUUGGAUCAAUACCGCCGCCAAUCUCAUCCUUCUCAUCCUCAAACUUGUCGUUGUUCUCAUGUCCUCUUCCGUCUCAGUACUUGCCAGUUUGGUCGACGCUGCAUUGGACUUCCUCUCCACCGCCAUCGUUGGAGUCACCACCUGGAUGAUCAUGCGGACUGACCAAUACGCCUAUCCGAUCGGCCGUCGACGUCUCGAGCCCGUGGGCGUCCUCGUCUUCUCCGUCAUCAUGAUCACAGCUUUCCUACAAGUCUGUGUACAGGCCUUGUCGAAACUCACAGGUAACGACAGAGAAGUUGUUCAAUUGACCGGCCCGGCGAUCGGGAUCAUGUCCAGCACCGUAGUAGUCAAGGGUCUGUGUUGGCUAUAUUGCCGCCUGAUCCGCAAUUCCAGUGUGCAGGCUUUGGCGCAGGACGCGAUGACUGACGUCGUGUUCAACACCUUUUCCAUCAUUUUCCCUCUCGUGGGUUACGCUUUCAACCUCUGGUUCCUCGAUCCUCUCGGUGGUGUCGUCCUCUCGCUCUACGUCAUCUUCAACUGGUCGCAGACCGCAAACGAGCACAUCUGCAACCUGGCCGGUCAAGCCGCGACGGCUGAUCAGCGCAACAUCCUCCUCUACCUCACCAUGCGCUUCGCCAAAACCAUCAAACACAUCCAGGGUCUACAAGCAUACCACGUCGGUGAUAAACUCAACGUCGAAGUCGAUAUCGUGCUGGACGAGAGGACGAGCUUGAGAGAUUCUCACGACUUGGGCGAGAGUCUGCAGUAUGUGAUUGAGAGUGUGCCAGAGGUCGACCGUGCGUUCGUACACAUGGAUUACCUUCCAUACAAUCUGCCCACGCAUAUGCAGCAGCACGGCUGA